CAACUUUUGAUAGAAUUUGACAAAUUUUUGAAGGAAGCUGCAGGUGAAUAAGAUCUGAUGGUUGGGUCGGUGUAAUAAACAGCGAAUUGGAAAAAAGUGUAAACUUCAUUUUUUGAAACAACAUCGGACAUUUGAAAAGGGCAUUACUUGCUACAAUGGGAUUCUACGUGACUCAAAGAAUAGUGCGACAUUUUCGUCCGAUUUGUUUCCAGCUAUCCGUUCGGUAUUUCUCCGUAUCCGAUCAGCAGAACACUCGCCUAGCAGAGGUGGGGAAGUUGGAACUUCCUAAAGCGCAGGGAAAGUACGAAACUGGCCAGCUAUUCCUACACCGCGUGUUUGGCUAUCGCGGAGUAAUACUGUUCCCAUGGUUGGCCAGGGUUUACGAUCGAGACUUACCAACUCAAAACAAAGGUGGACAGAAUGAAGCCAUUACGGCAGCUGCUUCCGGAAACGAUUCAGCCGUUCCUCCGAACGCUAACAAAGAAGUACAGAAAAAGACCCAUACGUUCUACCAGGUUCUGAUAGAUCAACGUGAUUGCCCGUACAUUCGAGCGCAAACUGAAGCCGUCACGUUCUUGGGCAAUCAGGAGUCUAGCAGAAGCUUAUACGCGAUUCCAGGGCUGGAUUACGUGGCUCAUGAGGACAUUUUACCAUACAGCUCGGGAGAUCAGCAUCCGCUGCAACAUGAAUUAUUUGACAAAUUUUUGGCGCACCAACCAGAUAAGGAUCCGCCCUUCAGUGCACAGGAUACAUUGCGUGCGUGGCAGAGAAAAAAUCAUCCAUGGCUCGAGCUGUCCGAUGUACACAAAGAAACUACCGAAGGAAUUCGAGUGACGGUGAUUCCAUUUUAUAUGGGUUGUCGUGAGACGCCAGCAGCUUCCGUUUAUUGGUGGCGUUACAGUAUCCGCUUAGAAAAUCUAGGAGAACUAAGCGUGCAGUUGCGUGAACGCCAUUGGAGAAUUUUCUCCCUGUCAGGCACUUUGGAAACUGUACGAGGCCGCGGUGUAGUUGGUCAAGAACCAGUUUUAAGUCCACGUUUGCCAGCGUUUCAGUACAGUUCACACGUCAGUCUGCAAGCACCUAGCGGUCACAUGUGGGGUACUUUCCGCAUGGAACGUGAAGAUGGACACAUGUUCGAUUGUCGCAUUCCGCCCUUUUCACUUGAGAGUAAACCCGAUGAUAGCGGCAAUUCUAACGACGACUCUACCACGAAUCUAAACAGCACCGACUCUACAUCGACAAAAACCCCAUCCGGUGGUUCGAAUUCAAGCGAAGGAGGGAGUACUAGCUCAGCAGGAGAUCGUGUUUGACGUCUUCGGAGUAAGAUAUAUGUGAGGGAUAUUUAUUGAACGACCUCUGUGAGAGGGUAUGUAACAUCCAAAAAAAAGCGUGUUUACCAUAAAAUUUCAUGAACUGUCAAAUCGACAACAUGCGAAAA